GGCGUUGUUCCUUUCCCCCAGAGAAGGCUGGUCGCCUCCAAUGCUUGAGCUACUUCUUUGCAUACAGCGCUCUGUUCCUCGUUGGGAUCUGCCUCCAUGUUUCAGUGCUGGAUGUGAGGAUGAGGCGCACUUCGUUCUGCGUGCUGGAGUUAUUCUUGCUGAAUACACUCCUCUACUUUGGACACGCUAAAGAGGCAAACAGGGCUGUCGUGACCAUACAACCCAACUGGCCGAAGAUAUACACAAAAGAGACGAUCGCCCUCAGAUGUGAGAUUAAGAACGGGGGAGACACUGAGUGGAAGUACGAAUGGAGAACAACCAGCUUGAUAAAACCUCCAAAUGAAAAUGAAUAUAGGAUUAGUGCUACUGUAGACCACAGUGGAUCCUACAAAUGUGCUGGCAGAAACAAAAUCAAACAACAGUUUUCAACAGGAUGGAGUGAUGCCUACAAUUUGGAAGUAUAUAGCUAUAAACCUCAGCCUGUCCUCACUGUGUCUCCAUUAUGGCUGAGUCCUGGAGACUCAGUAACUCUGAACUGUGAGGUGCUACAUCCAUCUGCAGGAUGGAGUUUCUACUGGUUUGAAGCUGUUCCUGAACAAUCAGAAAGGAUCUAUAGACGAAGGCACCUACCUGGCAGCACGAGUGGUACUGAACAAGAUUCCUAUAUCGUUCAUGGACAGACGCACACCUCAGGAUAUUUCUGCAGAGCUGGAAGAGGAGAUCCAGUGUUUUACACUCAGUAUAGCGAACCUCAGUUUGUCUGGUCUGGAGAUGUACACCCAGCAGGGUCUCUCACAGUGAGUCCUGACCGAGUGCAACACUUCACCUUUGACUCUGUGUCACUGAACUGUGAGGGAAACUCCUCUGAGUGGAGAGUGAAGAGGUUUACUGAAACAUGCCUUGUGUCAAACUGUGAUGGCUGGGGAACGAUGACUGGAUCCACUUGCAACAUCCACAGCUUACAAUACAGUGAUGCAGUGUACUGGUGUGAGUCUGGAUCAGGAGAGUUCAGCAACGCUGCCAACAUCACUGUGCACAUGUCCAGGUCUGAAAGCAGUCCAGCUCUUGUGUUGCUGCUCUCUGGGGUCCUCAAUGGAGCUUUAUUGAUUAUUCUCCUGCUCUUGAUGUAUUGCUUCAUAAAGUCCAAAGAUCCAUGCAGUGACAGACCCGCGCAGUCUCAGAGCACCAAUCAGGAUGAACCGGUCAACAGGAUGAACAGUCAGGAUGAACCUCAAGAGCACAUUUACACCUCUCCUCUUCAAGGUGAUGUUUCUUUCUACGAGUCAAUCGGUAGUUGUAAAGACACUGGAAAUGAUGGACAAGCUAAAGAAUGCGGUGAAGCCACAUUUCAUUCGAUUCAGCUGAAAGGUCUUGACGAGAGGAGUGAGCGUGAAGAUCCAGUGAAGAACUCAAACUACUAUAAUGUCAAUCCACAUUUAACCACAGGUACAUUAACUCAAGUUCUUCAUCUGCUGAGUCUAAAAUUACAUUUUUAUUUCAAAUCUAUCAUCACCUUUGAUGAUUACACUAGAGUAGGGAUGCUAAUAUUGACUUCUAACCAAUAGCCAACCCUCGUUAACUGAUUAUUAACCGUUAACCGACAAGAUUAGUGCAAGUCUCCACCGCAUCUUUUAGUUUAGCUGCGAGGUUGUCAGCUGUGUGUCUGCCUGGCAUACUCUGUCAACCCAGCGUAAUGUUAGUGAGUGUCCGACAGACCGCGCGUGUGUGAUGACGGUGAGUAGGAAGUUAUCAAUAAUGUUAUAGCUGUGACCGUAGCAGUGCAGUGUGUGUGCAGUUUAUUUGUCGGUGAAUAAAUUAUACAACUCCUCAAGACCCGAGCCAAGCUCCCGUAUCUCGCAACACUGACUCAGGCUCACUUAAGGUGGGCUGUUAAGGUGGACCAGCUUUUCUUCUUUAAGUGACAAGCCUCUCCUCUGAGUUUUGCU